UUUUUUGGGUCAGUCAGUUUUCUUCUCCUCUCGGGAAAACACUGCACAAUAGGACAAAAAGAGAAUCUAAUCCCUCCUCCUCAUUUUCCGGAAAUGGACAAGACUCUGUAGUGGUGGGUGCAUUUUCCACUGCCGGGCAUUAGUCUGAAUCGAGUCAGGUCACCAUUCGAAGCUUUCCUUAAUUUACCCAAAAGGGUAAAAAAAAAGAAAAAAAAGAAAAGGAAAAGAGCUUUGCUUACGAUUCCUGCAAGUUUGACCCUUGAGAUUGAGAAUCGAGUAGAUUGUACUUUCCAGCAUUUUGUUGUUGAAGUUUGGGUUUUAGAGGUGGAGAAGAAAAUGGUUCUUUCCUUCGAAAAUGGGGGUGACUUCGACAGGGCAAGAGAGCUGAGAGCUUUUGAUGAGUCGAAAGCUGGAGUGAAGGGGCUCGUAGACUCCGGUGUGGAAAGGGUCCCGCUCAUCUUCAACCGAACUUGGAUUGGCUUCACAGAUCAGGAUACGGAUCCGACAACCGAUGAAUCUCCUCACAGCAUACCAGUCAUAGACUUGCGGUGCAUCCACAUGGACCCCGCUUGGCGAUCCGAGAUUGUUCGCGAUGUUCAGGACGCGUCCAGGAGAUGGGGUUUCUUCCAGGUCGUCAAUCACGGGAUCCCGGAAAGUCUAUUGGAUGAGAUGCUUGAAGGGGUUCGCCGGUUUCACGAGCAAGACACUCAGCUGAAGAAAGCAUUUUACACUCGGGAUCGAAGCAAGAAGGUUCUUUACAUGUCGAACUUCGAUUUGUUCAGUGCACCCACAGCUAAUUGGAGGGACACUUUGUAUGUCACAGCUUCAGACCCAUCUGACCGGGAAGAAUUGCCUGAAGUAUGCAGGGACAUACUCAUAGGGUACUCAGCACGAGUGAGGCAACUAGCGUACACUCUGCUCGAGUUGAUAUCGGAGGCUCUGGGGUUGAAACCAAGUUACCUGAAGGAAAUGGAAUGUGCUGAGAAGAUGCUGAUACUGGGACACUAUUACCCUUCUUGCCGGGAACCGGAAUUAACAAUGGGCACGACAAUCCAUGCAGACAAUGACUUCUUGACCAUACUCCUGCAGGAUCACAUCGGGGGCCUCGAGGUUCUAUAUGAAAAUCAGUGGGUUGAGGUUGUUCCAUUGCAGGGAGCUCUCAUUGUCAACAUUGGCGAUCUUCUUCACGUAUUAUCAAACGACAAGUUUAUCAGUGUCAACCACAGGGUACUGUCCAAAAGUGAAGGCCCAAGGAUUUCGGUUGCAAGCUUCUUCAGGGCACAAGAUAUGAUGGGCAAUGCAUCAAGAUUUUAUGGUCCCAUCCCUGAAUUGAUAUCGGAGGAAAAUCCACCAGUCUACAGGAAUAUCGAUCUCAAAGAAUACAUGGACUACUACAUCGGUAAAGGGCUCAACGGAACCUCUGCCUUGACACCUUUCAGGAUUUGAUGCCAAUUGUCCCUGGCUGUAGAUGUCUGAAUAUUGUUCUCCGGAGUGAAGAGAAAUUCCAGAAAAUUGUCGAGAAAAGUUGAAAAAGAAAAUGCUUGUUUGCUCGCCCUGUUUUCGGUGCUGCGACACUGAACUGUUGAAGAGAGAGUUUACAGGAAUUUCUUUAGCAGUAACAAAAUCAAUCUAGUUGAUUAAAAUCAUCAACUUGCAGAAUGCUAAGCCGAUUUCAGAAGACAGUAAUGGUGUUAAUCGGUAAUUUAUAGAUGACAUUUUUCAGCU